AAAAGAGAGAAGAGUUUGUGUAUGGUCCAUAUUAUGGAGCUGGCAAUGUGUAUAUGAAUGUAAAAAGAGAGAGAAAGUGAGUGACUGUGCAUUCGCGUUUCCAUAGCCAUAUAGAAGAAGUGAUACAAGUAGUGAAGGAGAAGAUAAUCGAUACUUUAUAAUAAAAUAAAAAUAAUAUUUAUUUUGUUUGUUUGUUAUAAAUUUUAAUCUAUGAUCUUGUUGCUUAGUGUUUUCUGCUCCGCUACUCUUCUUCAAUUCAUUCAAACCACACUAUUUUAUUUUUUGUUUCUUUCUUUCAUCUUCAUUUUCUCCCAACAACCACCACUCCCUCUCUCUCUCUCUCUUGCUGUUAAAUCCACCUUCCUCUCUCUCUCUCUCUCUCUCUCUGCUGCAGCAUCCUUUUCUUUCAUUCUAAUUUCUAACUAACUGUUGAGUCAGAAAAACAUUCUAACUCUGUUAUUUCUUAACCACUUUCUUCUUCCUUUCUCUCUCUAACAACUUCAACAAACGAUUGAUAUUCCGAUGGAAACGUCGGAAAAUUGCUCUGUUAAAGUUGCUCUUCACAUUCGUCCUCUCAUUGCUGAUGAACGACAACAAGGUUGCUCUCAAUGUGUUUCUGUUAACCAUGGAAAGCCUCAGGUUCAAAUUGGGUCUCAUUCCUUUACAUUUGAUCAUGUUUAUGGAAAUGGCGGAUCACCUUCAUCCGAAAUGUUUGAGGAAUGUGUUGCUCCAUUGGUGGACGGGUUAUUCCAAGGGUUCAAUGCUACUGUACUUGCUUAUGGUCAGACGGGAUCCGGGAAAACAUAUACCAUGGGAACGGCUUACAAUGAUAAUAGUCAGACAGGAUUAAUUCCUCAGGUUAUGAGUGCCUUGUUCAACAAGAUUGAAACUCUAAAGCAUCAGGCAGAAUUUCAGUUGCAUGUUUCCUUCAUUGAGAUUUUGAAGGAAGAAGUAAGGGACUUGUUGGAUAUGGUAUCUAUGGGAAAAUCAGAUAACUCUAGCUCUAAUGGCCAUUCUGGAAAAAUAACUAUUCCUGGGAAGUCACCGAUACAAAUUCGUGAAACAUCCAGUGGCGUAAUAACACUGGCAGGGACAACUGAAGUUUCUGUAAGUACAUUACAGGAGAUGGCUGCUUACUUGGAGCAGGGUUCUUCAAAUAGGGCAACAGGAAGUACAAAUAUGAACAACCAAUCCAGUCGGUCACAUGCCAUCUUCACAAUUACAUUAGAACAGAUGCGCAAACUCCAUUCAUUUUCUCCCAACAAUGACACUUCAGACGAGGAUAUGGGUGAAGAAUACCUUUCAGCAAAGCUACAUUUGGUAGAUCUAGCUGGAUCUGAGCGAGCUAAAAGAACUGGUUCUGAUGGUAUUCGUUUAAAAGAAGGUAUACACAUCAAUAAAGGUCUUCUUGCACUUGGUAAUGUCAUAAGUGCACUGGGGGAUGAGAAAAAGCGAAAGGAGGGUGUACAUGUCCCUUAUCGGGAUAGCAAACUCACUCGACUAUUACAGGAUUCACUAGGAGGAAACAGCAAAACUGUCAUGAUAGCUUGCAUUAGUCCUGCUGACAUCAAUUUUGAGGAAACUCUUAAUACCCUUAAGUAUGCAAACCGAGCACGCAACAUACAAAAUAAGCCUGUUGCUAAUCGAGAUUUGAUAUCCAAUGAGAUGCAGCAAAUGCGCCAUCAGUUAAAGUACUUGCAGGCUGAGCUCUGUUCUCGAGAAGGAGGUUCGGUUGAUGAAGUGCGGGUUCUUAAGGAAAGGAUCAUUUGGCUUGAGGAAACUAAUGAGGAACUCUAUCGAGAACUUCAUAAAUAUCGCAGUAGAUGUUCUUUUUCAGAAAGAUGUGAUAUUGACGAAACAGAUGGACAUGUUUAUCUCAUGAAAAAUGAUGGGCUUGAGCGGCGCUUUCAUAGCUCAGAGUUAUCUGACCAUCUAGUGGCUGGAAGCAUGUCAGGUGAGGAUUCAAGGGAAGCUGAUGAAGUAGUAAAAGAGUUGGAGCAUACACUCCUGCAAAAUACCAUGGAUAGAGAGAUGCACGAGUUAAAUAAACGUUUGGAGCAGAAAGAGACUGAGAUGAAGCUCAUGGGAGGUGAUCCUGAAGCUCUCAGGCAGCACUUUGGAAAGAAAAUUUUGGAACUUGAGGAAGAGAAAAGAAAAGUGCAGCAAGAGAGGGACCGAUUGUUGCAUGAAGUAGAGAAUCUUGCGGUUAAUUCAAAUGGACUGGCACAUAAAACACAAGAUGUUCGUGGCCAAAAAUUGAAAGCAUUGGAAGCACAGAUUUUAGACCUCAAGAAGAAACAAGAAAACCAGGUGCAGCUACUAAAGCAGAAGGAGAAGAGUGAAGAAGCAGCCAAAAGACUGCAAGCUGAAAUACAGUAUAUUAAGGCUCAAAAGGUUCAGUUGCAGCAUAAAAUAAAACAAGAGGCGGAACAAUUUCGACAAUGGAAAGCUUCCCGUGAAAAGGAGUUACUCCAGUUGAAAAAGGAGGGAAGAAGGAAUGAGUAUGAAAGACAUAAACUUGAGGCUCUAAACCAGCGCCAGAAAAUGGUUCUUCAUAGAAAGACAGAGGAAGCUACAAUGGCUACCAAAAGGCUAAAAGAGUUGUUGGAAGCCCGCAAAUCUUCUCCACGUGACCACUCUGUUUAUUCAAAUGGACAUCUACAGCCUGGGCAGAUCAAUGAAAAAUCCCUCCAUAGGUGGCUUGACCAGGAGCUGGAGGUACUGGUGCAUGUGAAUGAAGUUCGUGCUGAAUUUGACAAACAAAACCAAGUGUAUGUGAUCACAAUUUUUUGCUGGAGUAAACACAUUCCAAAACUUUAUUUAAAUUUUACCAUUUUUUAUUUGAAUAUUAUAUUUAGUCAUGCUGCACUGGAAGAAGAAUUGGCUUUCCUGAAACUAGUGGAUCAGUUUUCAGAUCGGCAGAGUAUCCCCAAUGGAAACAGCCGGUAUUCAAGACUGUUAUCAAUGUCAGCAGAUGCAAAAGUUGCGAGAAUAGCUUCUCUUGAGAACAUGGUGGGCAUGUCUUCAGCUGCUUUGAAAGCCAUGACUUCACAACUUACUGAGGCAGAAGAAAGAGAACGAGCAUUAAAUAACCGUGGACGUUGGAAUCACUUACGCUCAAUGGGAGAGGCAAAGAAUGUGCUUCAGUUUUUGUUCAAUUCUACUGCAGAAGCAAGGUGCCACUUGUGGGAAAAGAAUAUGGAACUGAAGGACUUAAAAGAGCAACUUAAUGAGCUUGUAAGACUACUACAACAAAGUGAAGCGCAGAGAAAGGAACUUGUAAAAGAGAAAGCAAUUGGGGAACAAGCCGUUGCCAUCACAUUAAAUACACCACCAUCAGAAAGUUCGCGGUCCUUGAAACACCUUGCGGAUGAAAUGAGUGGCCCAUUGUCCCCGAUGUCACUUCCCGCACCAAAGCAACUCAAAUUCACCCCUGGAGUUGUUAAUGGCUCAAUCACGGUUUCAGCUGCAUUUCUAGAUGAAGCACGAAAGAUGAUUCCCAUUGGAGAUUUGUCAGGGAAGAAACUAGCAGCUAUAGGACAAGCUGGAAAACUUUGGAGGUGGAAGAGAAGUCAUCAUCAAUGGCUGCUACAGUUUAAAUGGAAGUGGCAGAAGCCCUGGAAACUCUCAGAAUGGAUCAAACACAGUGAUGAAACAAUCAUGAGGUCAAGGCCUCGAGCACAAGCUUUGAUUAAUGUGAUGUGACUUUGUGCUCAUAUGAAGGGACAUUUUUAUCUCUGAAACCUGACAACUGUGUUUUAUCAA